AUGGGAUCCAAUUCUAGUAAUUCGGACCAACUGGCGCAAAUAGGGAGGGCUGUUUCGACAACAGCUUCUGCGAUUUUUGGAUCGCAGUCCAUGGAGGACACCAUACUCUCCUAUAGCAGCCCCUACAAGAAAUUGUUGCACCAGACUAUAACACACUCCGGUUCGAGCAGUGCACUUACCAAACUAAGGACUACUGGCAAUCCAUUUCGAAAGGAUGACAACAAAGCAUUUCAGGACAUAUAUUCUGCUCCGAAUGGAAGGUCUUUUUUCGAAAAUCAGUUUAGCAACACAAAGACCAGUUUUAGGGUGCUGAGCUACCUCAGCGAAGAUCUUUUGAACGAUGUACCGAAUAGCGGUAGCAUACAAAAUGGAGGAAGAACUCGAAACCUAUUGAAGCAAAAUGGGGACGCAAAUCCAAGCAUGAAACCGAAAAGCAAAAGCAUGGAGAAAGAGCCAUCUCUCUUUCAAGGAUUUACUUCUUCCUUGCCCACCAUUAAUGAAACGAUUAGCACAGGAGGCCCAUCAUCGGGUCCAGGGACCUUUAAGCACCCUGGUCUUCUGAGCAACGUGGAAAGCUCUGCUAACCCUCAACAAAACGAUGAAGGAUUCUCUUUACCCACAAGUUCGAGCUGGAAUGAACUGAAUGAAACGUACUCUUUGAAAAAGCUGAGAUCAGCAAACCAGAGCAUAAUUGACAAUCUAGACUUACUGGAGAUACAGAAAAACCUAGCCGCUAGCGAAAUCAAGGAAAUUGAUUUGAAGCUGGAGAAAUUAAAAAUGGUUCGUGAUCUUGUCUUCAAACGAGUUGCCAGAGUAGAACAAAAUGAAAUCUUUCUGGAGAAGCAUUUAGCAAUAGUCAGAGAUAGAAUAGACUUGAUCGAAGAGAACGGCUUAGACGAUGACGAGUCCACGGAAGAAUCACACGGAAUAGAGAGUGAGAAUCAAAAACCUGGAAGUGUUGGACUCGAAACAGCUGACACAGAAGAUGGUUUUCAAGGGACAGAAAACGAAAGCGAUGAUGAAGAGACGUCUGCAUUAAUGAGCAAAUCUAUUUAUCAAAAAAUGAAAAAAAGUCCUCCAAACUCUAAGGCGCACUACAUGAAAGCUUCUCAAGCCCAGAAGCGCUUGCAACAAAAUUCUCAGAAUAAUCACAAUAGAAGGCGCAAAACUUACCCAACAUUGCAACAAUUUUACGAACCUGGGAGUAAAAUUGCAUCGUUUCCCAAGGCUCAUGACGACAGCAUAACGUGUUUGGAUUUUGACAUGCCUUUUGGUACCAUGUGUACCGCCGGCAAGCUAGAUCACUCGGUGAAAAUCUGGGACUUGAGUAAGAAAGUCCAAACGGCUAGUCUUCCAGGGCACCUGGCUUCCGUGAGCUGCAUGCAAAUGAAUGAACCAUAUACAUUAAUCACUGGUGGGCGUGAUGCUUUGUUAAAACUCUGGGAUGUGGAGAAAGCUGAGGAUAUAUUCCAUGACAGCAGCGCCGAGAAUGAGGAUGAGCUGUGCUUAAACACAUUUGAUGCGCAUGUUGAUGAGAUCACAGCAUUGCACCUCGAAGGAAACUCGCUUGUUUCUGGCUCACAAGACCGCACUGUUCGUCAAUGGGAUCUCAUGACGGGUAAAUGCUUGCAAACCAUUGACAUUAAUUUCACAAACAGGGGAACAUCCGAUGGCUUUUCAACGGUUAUGUCGCACAAUCCGCGCAGUAGUGUGCUUUUAACACACAACGAUCCUCCAGUAAUAGGUGCCUUACAGUGUUAUGACGCCGCCAUGGCCACAGGUACGAAGGACGGAGUGGUGAGGUUGUGGGAUCUAAGGUCAGGGCAAGUAAUACGGACGUUGGAGGGUCACACUGAUGCGGUAACGGGUUUACAAUUCGAUUCGGUCAAUUUAGUUUCAGGGUCACUUGAUCGAAGCAUAAGAAUCUGGGAUUUGAGGACCGGGUUGCUUGCAGAUGCAUUUGCAUAUGACAGCCCGGUGAGCUGCUUACAAUUUGAUUUGGACAAAAUUGUCACUGCAAACAACGAGAGUUCGAUAAAAGUCUACGACCGCAAAGACGCGCGCCAGUGGACGUGUGGAGGAGAUUCCGCAGAAACGGAAAAUGAUGUUGUUGACUUCGUGCGCUACAAGCACGGCUAUUUGGUCGAAGGCCGCACCAACGGUGAUGUUAACACAUGGGCUCUCUAA